AUGGGUCGUGGAGGGAGAUCUGGAGAAGAAAUUGACAGACAGAUACCUUGGGAUGAAAUAAAGAAGCACAACACCAGGACGGAUAGAUGGAUUGUUAUUGAGGACAAAGUUUAUAAUGUCUCGGAGUGGGCCAAAAAACAUCCAGGUGGUUCUGCCAUCAUGGGACAUUAUGCAGGACAGGAUGCAUCUGAAGCUUUUAGAGAAUUCCAUAAGGACAAGUUGAAGGUUUCAAAAUAUAUGGCUCCCAUAUGCAUUGGCAAUGUGGUACCAAAAGCUUCUGCCGAUUUGGAUGAGGAGGAAAUUAAAAAAGAUUUUCUACAACUGAGAAAGAUAGCUGAAGAUAUGGAUUUAUUCAAGCCAAGCAAAGUUUUUUUCUCUCUUAUUGUGGGACAUUUGAUUUUUUUUGAGAUCCUGGCUUACAUGACACUAUAUUACUUUGGAACUGGCUGGAUACCCACCAUGUUCUCUGUUCUUUUCUACACUAUUGUGCAGGCAGAGGCUGGCUGGAGUCAACAUGAUUUUGGUCAUUUGUCAGUGUUCAAAAGUGUCAAGUGGAAUAAGAUCCUUCACUCAUUUGUCAUGAACUUUUUAAAAGGUGCAUCAGUAUCAUGGUGGCAACAUUUGCACAACCAACAUCAUUCUAAACCCAAUAUUAUUAAUAAAGAUCCAGAUGUUCGUUUAGAAAAAGUGUUUGUGCUUGGAAAAGAAAUUCCCAAAAGAGUUGCAGAGAACAAAAAUAACAUCAUGCCAUACAAUUGGCAGCAUAGAUAUUUCUUUCUCAUUGGUCCUCCUCUGUUGUUCCCUGUCUUCUUUCAGAUGAUGGUCUUCAAACAUCCCAUUUCCAGAAAAAACUGGCUGGACGUCUUCAUAAUGUGUACGUUUUAUUUGAAAGUUCUCAUCCUCUACACCCCAUUCUAUGGAGUUCUGGGCACCUGCUUGUACUAUUUUGUGGUCAGAUGUCUUGAAAGCCACUGGUUCGUAUGGGUCAGUCAGUCGAAUCACAUCCCUAUGGACAUUGAAGAUGAUAAGGAGAGGCCCUGGCUGGCUCUCCAGUUGAACGCCACAUGUGAUGUGGAGAAAUCACAUUUCAAUGAUUGGUUCACUGGGCACCUGAACUUCCAGAUCGAACAUCAUUGUUUCCCGACCAUGCCUCGACAUAACUUGUACAAGAUAGCUCCGUACGUUCAAUCACUGUGCAAGAAGCAUGGAAUCGAAUACAAGUGCAAGACACUCGCUGGAGCUUUCUCCGAUAUCGUCAAAUCAUUGAAGCACUCUGGUGAAAUAUGGUAUGCCCAUUACCAAUCUUACCAUUACAAAUGA